AAAAUGAAUGUUAAAUUGUGCAGAGAGAACAGGACGGCGAAAGUGCGGCGUAUCACUUGUGAAAAGGGCAGGAUUGAUUGGUGGUGUACCGGAGAGAGACGCACCUGAAGCAGCGGAGGGGCAAUUUACCGGAGAGGAGCGCACACCUGAAGCAGCGGAGGGGCAAUUUACCGGAUAAAAGCACGCCUGAAACAGCGGAUAACGGUGCAUCUGGACUGGAGAGCGCAUAUAUCGCAACACUGAAAUAUCAUUAACCAUAAAAAUAAGACAUCGGAGGAAAAUGGUGAACCAGAAACUCCACAAUUUUCCAACUCUAGCCCUUUGAUAGCGAGUCUCGUUCAUUGAUCGCAACAGCAACAGCUGAAUAAAAAGAGCGGCGAACAAAGAAUGAAACAGAAAGAUGAAUAAAGCUGUUUGUGAAUGGAGACAGCGCUGCUUGGAGUCUCACAAUGAUAUACUACACUGGCUGUCCUAAACGAAGAAGGAAAAAAAAACACGCGAGUUAUGCUGGAGUUCAUAUUAACCACAUGUUUUUAUUUUAAAAACACAGAAUAUAUGGUUCGGAGAGUUUAAUUUUGCAUCAGUACGCGCUGAUAGGAGAUAAGUUCAGUUUAUAUUGGAGUUCUCUCUGGUAGUCGAUGUGAAGGACAUGAAAUGUUAAAAUGAAACAUUUAAGAAGACGUCAAGCUAAGAUCACGAAGAAAACAUUUACCAGGUUCUGAUGACUAUGAACUGAAAAUGUAACCUAAUAUAUACCGCGGAAUCAUGACUAAGGAAACUGAAUGGAAGACAGCGGAACCUGUUGAUAGUCCCCAGUCAUUCCCGUUUCCUGCGUUUGUCUUUAAUGGAAAUAUCAACCUUAAAUACAUGAUGUUUAUUUGUGUACAAACUUAUGCCAACUUCCACUGAACCAAGUAUCCGUGUGACACAAGAGAAUCAAAUGGUUUUACGGAUCCGAUGAGUGCUAGACACCGAGGUCGACUGGAAGGCACCGCAUCCUCCGCCCGUCUCCCAGUCGGAAGGGGAUCUGAGGAUGUCCGAAAGCAGCCUCCCUCAGCUAAUAAACGCUUCGGCCGCAGAUGAGGGCACGGAGGACCCCAGAUUCCCCUGGGCGGUCUCUGUGUUGGCCACCGUCCUCAUCACCACUAUUGUAGUAGAUAUUUUGGGCAACUUCUUGGUGAUUCUCUCCGUCUUAAGAAACAAAAAACUCAGGAAAGCAGGAAAUGCCUUCGUGGUGAGCCUGGCUGUGGCGGACUUAGUGGUGGCCAUUUACCCCUACCCCCUGGUCCUCUCAGCUAUCUUCCACAACGGCUGGAUCGCCGGCUACAUCCACUGCCAGAUCAGCGGCUUCCUGAUGGGUCUCAGCGUUAUCAGCUCCAUCUUCAACAUCACCGGCAUCGCCGUCAACCGCUACUGCUACAUCUGCCACAGCCUCAAGUACGACAAGCUGUUCUCCAACAAGAACACCGCGUGCUACGUGGUCCUGGUUUGGGUGCUCACCACGCUGGCCAUCAUCCCCAACUGGUUCGUAGAGUCGCUGCGCUAUGACCCGCGGGUGUACUCCUGCACGUUUGCGCAGUCGGUCAGUUCUCUCUAUACCAUCACUGUGGUGGUGGUCCACUUCAUCCUUCCCAUCAGCAUCGUCACAUACUGCUACCUGCGCAUCUGGGUCUUGGUCAUCGAAGUCCGCCGGCGCGUCAAGCCCAACAACAGGCUCAAGAUCAAGCCACACGACUUCCGCAACUUCCUCACCAUGUUCGUGGUGUUCGUGCUCUUCGCCGUCUGUUGGGCGCCCUUGAACCUCAUUGGCCUGGCAGUGGCCCUCGACCCCCGGCUGGGUCUCGCCAUCCCCGGCUGGCUCUUCACCUCCAGUUACUUCAUGGCCUAUUUCAACAGCUGCCUGAACGCAGUUGUCUAUGGUGUACUCAACAGCAACUUCCGCAAAGAGUACAAGCAGAUCGUGCUGACCAUCUUCAGACUGCGCUGCUAAAGGGUCGAGGGCAGCAGUCAGCGACUGACUGGAUCAGAAUAGGGAACCAGGGCUGAAUUCAGGCAUAGGCAAACUAGGCAGCUGCCUGAGGGUCCUGACAAAGUUACCAUAUACAUCAAAUUACAAUGUUUAUGUGCAGGCAGAAACGUGGCCAGUUCUGGCUAGAAUCCAAAUUUUGCCCCUGAAUUACCUGCGUUGCAGCAAAUGUGAAGUUACAGUGCUGGGGAAGUAACUCACAAAAGUAACCCAUUACAGACAGGUGGAAAGUUCCGGUCAAGAAAGUACAAAUCCGGACCAAGGUUUUGUUUCAACCAACCAGUUGAAUAUAAAGAGUCACAGUCACGGAGUACUUGGUUGGUUGGGAAACAAAAAAACCUUGGUCCGGAUUUGUACUAUCUGGGCCUGAACUUUUCAUCUCUGUCUUUAAUGUAUCACUUUUGUGCAUGAUUUCCCCAGCAGUGUGAAAUGAUAAGCAAUGUCUGGGUAUCGGGGCCUCCCAAGUAUAACUUUGCCUGAUGUCCCUGAAAAGGUAUAUCUGUUCUUGCAGGGAAUAACUGAAUGUAAAUAAGAAUAUGCAUUAUUGAUCCAAAUUGAUUCGUUGGCACCAUGUGUUUUGGAGCUGCUCUGCAGAAUUGCUCACUGAAAUUUACUAUAUGUAAAGAUGUGUGUCUGUGUAUUUCUUAUGCAAACAUAGUUCUUCUGGAAGCUGGUGAUCACUAGUCUUCCAAAGAAACAUUUCUAUGGUAUUAAUCAAUAGGGUUAAUCAAUAGGAUGCACAUAUUUGGAGGCGAAGAAUAAAAGAGACAAUUAGAACGAGCUCAUAUCUUGCUUACUUACCUCUUGACACUUUGUGUCCUGCACUGCAGAGAUUUGUCACAUCUGAACAGCAGUUAAGACAUUCAAAGUUGAUUUAUUACUUACCUUUCAUGGCAUGAUCUGUGAUAGUUGAAGCACAGGAGGCCAAAUUCAGCCUGCAAGCUGUCAGGGCAGAAACACGGCUACAGGUGCGGUGGAGAUGCGCCUGACAGUGACCCGUCUGCAGCCAACGACUCCAGUCCUGUGGGUCCCCUUAAAUGUGCCAAACUCAGACUUACCAGGUUCAGAGAUUCAGAAAUCAGUUUGCUCAUUGCAUGUUCAAGGAAUCCCCAAACACAAUCCUCCAUUAGGACAUCAUUGUCAGUUAGGGUGGUGCUGGGAUUCUGUGAACGACUGUGACAAGAACAGUAGGAAUUGUGGGCAUUUUUUUUUAUGUUUUCCGGUUAGGUUUCAGUACUUGUGGAGGGAAGUCUAAAAUCAUCAGUUAAAUCUUGGCUAAAUAAGCAUACCUGGUAGAGCCUGGAAUUAUCUGUGAGUAAUGCUGAAGCAGGAGGGCUUUCUCAGCAUAGCCUGGGAAGCCAGCUUCAUCUGCGAUGCAAUCUUACGCUGAGCCGUACCGCUGUCUUGCUGGUUGUUUGCCGGAGAGGAACCCGAAGAGCGCUGCCUUGCCUCCCAGCGCGAGAGAUCCCAGAGUUUGUUUGCUGUGGUUCCUGGCUAGCGCAAACGAACGGUUUCGCUAAGAAAUACACCCUGAGUGGCAGGAAAUCACUCGUUUUGUCAUGAUUAUCAGAUUUGCAUGAUCAGGUGGGCUGUCCCACAAGAAAAUGGACAGAUUAAAAUAAGUUUACGACAUAGCUGAGUCCAUUGAGGUAAUAAAGACAAAGAAAUGCAAUCCAUCCAUCCAUCCAUCCAUCCAUCCAUCCAUUUUCCAAACCGCUUAUCCUACUGGGUCGCGGGGCGGAGCCUAUCCCGGAAGCAAUGAGCACGAUACAGGGAACAACCCAGGAUGGGGGGCCAGCCCAUCGCAGGGCACACACACCCCAUUCACUCACACAUGCACAUCUACGGGCAAUUUAGUAACUCCAAUUAGCCUCAGCAUGUUUUUGGACUGUGGGGGGAAACCGGAGUACCUGGAGAUAACCCCACGACGACAUGGGGAGAACAUGCAAACUCCACACACAUGUGACCCAGGGGGAGACUCAAAUCCGGGAGAAAUGCAAUCAAAUUAUCAAAUUAUACUGUUACAGACAGCACAGGCCUAAAUGCUAGUGUGUAUUUAACAAAGCAGACCUUUCCUGCUCCUGGACGCAUAGCAAGCAAACAACACCCAACCAAAACAAAAUGGUAGGUGCCUCCUGGACCUUAUUUUUUAAUUAUCCAUACA